AUGCCACGGAAACAACACCACCAACACCGCCAUGGCAACAAUGCCACCAAACACCGCCAUGGCAACAACGCCACCAGCACGGCCAUGGAAAACAGCCUGAAUGCAAUGUCCUUCCAGACCACCUUGGGCUCGUCUGACUCGCAUCUGACCUACCCAGCGCCUGAUGCCCAGCGCCGCAAGAAGUUCAAGCCCUCCAUUGACCCGCUCGUCCAGCCCGGCCAUCUCCCCGAAGUGCCUCUCCACAUUAGAGGCCUGGAGGCCGAGCCGGACGUCGAGAUACACUCCUGGACCCGCAUCAAUCCUGAGCCAGCUGUUGGCGAGUACCCCGGCCAGCAUCCCAUCCAGCAGCCCUACCCGCAUCCCGCCACCACCGGAGCAGCUCCCUUUGCCCGUCUUCCCAUCCCGCGCUACCGGACCUCAUGA